CGGAGCUCUGGGAAGCUCGGGAGGCGGAGCUCUGGAAAGCUCGGGAGGCGGAGCUCUGGAAAGCUCGGGAGGCGGAGCUCUGGAAAGCUCAGGAAGCUCGGGAGGCGGAGCUCUGGAAAGCUCGGGAGGCGGCGCUCUGGAAAGCUCGGGAGGCGGAGCUCUGGAAAGCUCGGGAGGCGGAGCUCUGGGAGGCUCGGAACGCGGAGCUCUGGAAAGCUCGGGAGGCUCGGAAGGCGGAGCUCUGGAAAGCUCGGGAGGCGGAGCUCUGGGAAGCUCGGGAGGCUCGAGGGGCGCAGGCUCUAGGACGGGCAUGACCAUUGGCGCUGGCUUUUGGUCAGUCCAGGCUAUUGGCAUUAGCCCGGGAACGGUCGAGGCUACAGGCGCUGGCUCAGGGACGGUCGAGGCUACAGGCGCUGGCUCAGGGACGGUCGAGGCUACAGCUGCUGGCUCAAGGACGACCAAGGCGACAGGCACUGGCUCACUGACCUCUGAGGCGACAGGCUCUGGCUGGGUGACUGUGGUAUGCGCUGGCUUGGGUUCGCUGACCGUGGCUGACGAGGGCUCUGGCUCGCAGACCGAGGCAGGCGAGGGUUCUGGCUCGCUGACCGUAGCUGACGAGGGCUCUGGCUCGCUGACCGUAGCUGACGAGGGCUCUGGCUCGCAGACCGGGGCAGGCUCUGGCUCUAGCUCGCUGACCGUAGCUGACGAGGGCUCUGGCUCGCAGACCGGGGCAGGCGUGGGCUCUGGCUCGCAGACCGGGGCAGGCGUGGGCUCUGGCUCGCUGACCGUGGCAGGCGGAGACUGGGGAGCAGAAGCCUUUCCUCUUCUCCUCCUCCGCCGGGCGGACGAAGCAGGCAACGCUGGCUCGUUGGCCGUGGUAGGCGUGAAGGGACGAACCACGGGCGAAGGGAGAGUUACCACUGUGGGAGGAGUGGCAGGGUUCUCCUCGAUGACGCCCACAGUAAACGGUGAACCGCAGGCCAGCAGAGUCUCCUCCACGAGCGCGUGGAGCGUCCAGCCGCACGUUGCCUGUGGCAACCGCUCCUUGAGCGCACUGUUCAGGCUCGCCCGGAAAAACCCCACCAGGUCGGAGUCAGGGAAUUCGGUGGCACUCGCAAUCGUGAGGAAAUCGCGGAUGUGGUCCUCCACCAGACAAUUUCCCUGACUAAGGCUGAGCAGCUGACAGCUCGCUUUUCGAACCGCUGGAUCCAUGUUUGGUUGUUCGUUCUGUUACGAAUGGAGGCAGCGAAGCAGACGAGGAGAUGCGGAUCCAAUCGCAGUUCAACUUUAUUAAGUAAACAAACAGGCAAAACACAAAACACGGGAACAAAGGAAAAACCCUCAAUGGGGAAAUAAAACAUAAAACUAGAAAAUACGGGCAGGGAACACAUACCAGGCUAACAACAACAUUUAACGAACGACAAGGGGUGAACAAAAAGCAGGGCUUAAAUACACAGUGAGUGAUGACUGAAUGAGAUACAGGUGAAAACAAUGAACAAAAUGGCAGUGAAGAUGGCAGGUGGAUUCUGGGAAGUGUAGUUCUAAACAAGGACAAGUGAACACGAAGGCUAACCAAAAGACAAAAGUGAAAACUAAGGAAUGCAAAGGUGGCAGACAAAGGGCAACUGUGAAACAAGACAAGGAAUUCCUAACAGAAUCACUGUUGUGUUUGUGGGAUGUUUGAGUCUGUGUAAUGUCGCUGGACACAGAACAAAGGUUCGCCCUAUUCCAGCCAGUGUCACUGAGCUGAAUAAAAUGUCCGAAUGUGAAUUUUUUUAUUUCUGCAAAUUAAUGCAUAACCGUUAAAGACACUGAGAGUCAGAAAAAAAAUAUUUAAGAUUGAUUCCCAGUCCUAUUUAUGGAAAGCCUGAUUUGAGAUUACACCUCCAAACAAAAACAAGUUGUUUAAAUAUGUCAGUAAAAUCUGUUAAAAACUUCAAAGGGUCUCUUGUUUUAUUGAUGAGGCUGUUCUAGACAGCCUCAGUUUUAAG